ACGUUGUGACAUCAGCAAGAAUUGCGGGAAAAAUUGUUACGCUAGCGUGUUCGGAAGUAAAGGUUAAUAAGUGAGUGAAUUUUUUUUAUUAAAAUGUCGAUUCGUUUGCAAAUUAAAAAACAACAUAUUGACGGGAAAAAUAACAGCCAGGUGCACUCGGUACCUUGCAAAAUUCAACGCACUGGACCAGCAAACGUUUCCAAGUAUUUUACGCCGUACAUCACAAAAACCGACGAUAAUCAUUUUAAUGCGUCCUUUCGCGGAUACCCUUUGCAUGGAAAAAAAUUGUACGUUCCCGAGGGAUACAAGGGAAUUGUUUUCUUUGAAAAAAAAAAACCUGUGAAUCCUGACUUUAAGAGGACUUUUAACUCUACGGAGUCUUUCACAGAGUUUUCUUACUGGAAUUGGGAUAAACUUCCGUCUAAAAAUGACGCAUUCGACGCUGCGUUAGACUGGGUUGACAUUGCUGAAGCCCUCCACGCUCCGGUUGAAGAGUCAAGUUGAAUUGUUUUAUUUUAAUCGAUAUUCUGUGGCCUUAUGAAGUUUUCUAAUUAUUUUUUAUAUUAUAAGUAAAUAAGUAAGAUUUAAUUAAAUAUUAUUAAAGUAAAAUAAAGAUAAUUUUUAGGA